UUAAUUGCUCUUUCCAUGGAGUAUCCCCACUCACAAGAUAUGUCUUUGACAUGGGCCACUUUAGCCUUAAUUGCACUUGCCUGUUUCCUCCAAGCAUUGCUAUGGCUUAGAAAGACGAACAACAAAAAACUACCUCCUGGUCCGAGAGGGUUCCCUAUAUUUGGCAGCCUUCAUUUGUUAGGGAAGUACCCUCACCGAGAAUUGCAUCGGCUAGCACAAAAAUAUGGCCCCAUUAUGCAUUUGCGAUUAGGGUUGGUGUCAACCAUUGUUGUUUCAUCACCUCAGGCUGCUGAAUCAUUUCUCAAGACCCAUGACCUUGCUUUUGCUAGCAGGCCUCCUCAUCAGGCUGCCAAGUUCAUUUCCUACGAGCAGAAGAACUUGUCCUUUGCUCCAUACGGCUCUUACUGGCGCAAUGUUCGCAAAAUGUGUACACUCGAGUUGCUUAGCAAUGUCAAGAUAAAUUCUUUCAAGUCCAUGAGAAAAGAAGAGCUUGAUCUGCUGAUUGAUUACAUUAAGAACGCGUCCUGUCAACGUGUUGCUGUUGAUCUUAGUGCAAAGGUUGCAUCUCUUAGCGCUGACAUGAGUUGUAGAAUGGUUUUUGGGAAAAAAUAUAUGGACAAGGAGUUUGAUGAGAGAGGAUUCAAAGCUGUGAUUCAAGAAGGUAUGCACUUAGGAGCGGCUCCCAACUUGGGUAAUUAUAUCCCUCAGAUUGCCGGACUUGAUCUUCAGGGUCUUACAAAGCGUAUGAAGGCUGUCAGUAAGGUGUUUGAUAGCUUCUUUGAGAAAAUUAUCGAUGAACAUAUGGAGUUUAAGGAUGAAAACAGAACAAAAGACUUUGUCGAUGUCAUGUUGGGUUUUAUGGGAUCAGAAGUAUCCGAAUAUCAUAUUGGUCGAGAUAACAUCAAAGCCAUUAUAUUGGACAUGCUUGCAGGUUCAAUGGACACUUCAGCAGCAGUAAUAGAAUGGGCACUAUCUGAACUCCUAAAGCACCCAGGAGUAAUGAAAAAAGUACAAAAAGAGCUGGAAGAAAAGGUUGGAAUGACAAGAAUGGUGGAAGAAUCAGAUGUGGAGAAGUUGGAAUACUUAGAGAUGGUUAUAAAGGAAACUUUUAGGCUCCAUCCAGUAGCACCAUUGCUACUCCCUCAUGAGGCAGCGGAAGACACCACCAUCGAUGGCUAUCUGAUACCAAAAAAGUCGCACAUUAUUAUAAACACAUUUGCCAUUGGAAGAGAUCCAAGUGCUUGGACUGAAGCAGAGAAGUUCUUGCCAGAGAGGUUUCUUGGGAGGAACAUAGACAUUCGUGGACGCGAUUUUCAACUUCUGCCAUUCGGCGCAGGCCGUAGGGGAUGCCCUGGAAUUCAACUGGGGAUGACUGUAGUUCGUCUGGUGGUAGCACAAUUGGUGCAUUGCUUUGAUUGGGAGCUCCCAAAUGGUAUGCUGCCCACUGAAUUGGACAUGACUGAGGAAUUCAGUCUUGUAACUCCAAGAGCAAAACACCUUGAAGCUAUCCCUAAUUAUCGUCUUCAUAUUUGAUUCAAUGGCUUGUGUAGUAUGUUGUUUUGAUGUUCAAGUUCAGUUAUGAUGUGUUUCUCUUAAUCAGCUUUAUCUCUCUUCUAUUAGCAGCCAAAUCAUAUGUAAAAAAUAGCAACUUGUGUUUGUCAACUGCAGUCUCCUUCCUUUCUAAAUAAAGUCCAUAGCCUCUUUGAACGAA